GGGAGGCGCCGAAGUUGUCCGGCGAAGCGCACCGCGAGUUCAAACCUCUCCUCCGCGGCGCGUAAAAUAAAAACAAAAAUAAUGUUUCUUUAAUCUGAAGCGUUACUGGAGUCCGUAUCAGAGCGCUGACAGGACAGCUCGUUUUAUCGACAUCACAUUUUAAAAACAAAAACAAAAAAAUCCUGAAGAACAUCUCCGACUGCCCGAUGCAUCCAUGAUUCUUUCCGGGAAAACAAGCGUCGUUCUUCUGCUGGUCCUCCUCACGGCGCAAGGCUGUUUUGCGUCCAAAGCAGAGGACCGUUUGUUUCGGAGGUUAUUCCGAAGGUACAACCAGUUCAUCCGACCAGUGGAGAAUGUGUCUGAUCCGGUCACGGUGGAGUUUGAGGUGUCCAUAUCUCAACUCGUCAAAGUGGAUGAAGUGAAUCAAAUAAUGGAAACCAAUCUGUGGCUGAGACAUGUCUGGAAUGACUACAAACUGAGAUGGGCCCCUAUUGAGUAUGAUGGAAUUGAGUUCAUCCGAGUUCCAUCCAAUAAGAUAUGGAGGCCUGACAUUGUUUUAUACAACAAUGCUGUGGGGGAUUUUCUGGUGGCGGACAAGACUAAGGCUCUGCUGAAGUUUGAUGGCACCAUCACUUGGGUUCCUCCGGCUAUCUUUAAAUCCUCCUGCCCCAUGGAUAUCACUUACUUCCCUUUUGACUACCAGAACUGCUCCAUGAAAUUUGGCUCAUGGACCUAUGACAAAGCCAAGAUCGACCUGGUGCUCAUUGGCUCAAAGGUGAACCUCAAAGACUUCUGGGAAAGCGGAGAAUGGGAGAUCAUUGACGCACCUGGUUACAAGCACGACAUCAAGUAUAACUGCUGUGAGGAGAUCUACCCAGACAUCACCUACUCCUUCUACAUAAGGCGCCUGCCACUCUUCUACACAAUCAACCUAAUCAUCCCCUGCCUCCUUAUCUCCUUCCUCACUGUGCUGGUCUUCUACCUGCCAUCCGACUGUGGUGAGAAGGUCACCCUGUGCAUCUCCGUUCUGCUCUCCCUCACUGUGUUCCUGCUGGUCAUCACAGAGACCAUCCCCUCCACGUCGCUCGUCAUCCCACUGAUCGGCGAAUACCUCCUCUUCACCAUGAUUUUUGUCACGCUCAGCAUUGUCAUCACCGUGUUCGUGCUGAACGUCCACUACCGCACCCCCAUGACUCACACAAUGCCAGAGUGGGUAAGGGCCGUCUUCCUCGGGGUGCUGCCGCGGGUGAUGCUGAUGAGGCGGCCAAUUGACCAAGGCGACUCGUCUACUGCCAGCAUCACAGAAGGGACAGGAGGAGCAGGGAGCAGCGUAGGGAACAAAAAGAGAAAGAACAGUGUUGGAAGCGGGUCAGGAAGUGUGAGCGUCGGAGGUAUCACAGGUGGGGUGGCGUGCCCACCGCUCGAUGGUGGGGCAGGCGGAGGAGGGGCCUCCUCAGUGGGCGGCUCCAUGAACUGUAUCGAGUAUGGUGAGAUGAACCGUGACAUUAAGCGGGAUAUGAACAGAAGAUGUCCCUACAGAGGCAAGGAGGUUCCAACACCUGUCCCUCCUCCAAAGGUUCUCCCUUCAUCUCAGGGCCCUCAGACCCAGAGGCCCCCAGAGUCAGAGCUACCUAAACUCCCAAGGGCCUUGAACUCAGCAUCACAAGUGAAUGCUGUCGUGGCGUUCUCUGUCAUUUCGCCUGAAGUCAAGCAGGCCAUUGAGAGCGUGAAGUACAUCGCUGAGAACAUGAGGACUCGCAACAAAGCCAAAGAGGUGGAAGACGACUGGAAGUACGUCGCCAUGGUCAUCGACAGGAUCUUCCUGUGGGUGUUUGUGACGGUGUGUGUACUAGGAACACUGGGGCUCUUCCUCCAGCCGCUCAUCAGCUUUUUUAAAUGAAAGACACUUUUUGCUCGUCACCACUGUGGGAAGAAUUUCCCCUGCAGUUCUUUCACAUUGCACACUGGGCUGUCAUGUUCUUUUUCUUCUCUUGUUUCGUCCCAGGACUUAUCAGUCAUCACCGCUCACUGUCAGCCGUAUAUCUCAACACUUGACUUGCCCACAGUUCCUCAUUCACCCUUUGUCUCACCCCACUGAUGUGCAAGCAGGUCAUCUAGUGUGCUUCCUCCCCUAACUGCUGAGAAAUAACAUCUGCACUCCUUUUUGAGUAUUUUGUCCUCAUAUGCCACUAAUGUCACCCACUCGUCCUUAAGACACAUGGGUUCUCUUUUUCAUGUAUUUUCUUGCAAAAUGUCCUCUCAGCUAUUAUUAUGUUACUGUAUAAUCAUUAUGUACAUAAUUUCCACCCUAAAAGGUGUUAUUCAUAUAUAUCUUCACAACCUUAAAGGAUUAUAAUCAGAACUCAAAUUCGAUAUAUGAAUCAAGAUGGCUAAGUACUUUUCCCUACCAGCUGUAGUACUCUGUUUAGGUAUUAUUGUUCAAAUCAAGCACAAUAAUUAUUUCAAAUAAUAUUUAUUGUCAUUUUCUUAUAAAUUCACACGUGUAAAAGGACACUGAUUUUUCUGAAAAAUAUUGCACAUUACCUGUACAUACAAACCCCAUUUCCAGUGAAGUUGGGAUGUUGUGUAAAAUGUAAAUAAAAACAGAAUAUAACAAUUUGCAAAUCCUUUUCAACCUAUAUUCAAUUGAAUACAGUACAAAGACAAUAUAUUUAAUGUAUGAAUGUUUUGGGUUUUUUUUUUGGGAGGGGGGAGAAUAAUCUCUCAUUAUGCAUUUGAUUAAUGCAAAACAUUCCAAAAAAGCUAGGACAGGUGCAACAUAAGAAUACUCAACAACUCAAACAACAAUUUGUUUUUGGAACAUUUCACAGGUGAACAGGUUAAUAAGAAACAGGUGAGUGUCAUGAUUUGGUAUAAAAGGACUUUCCCCGAAAGGCUCAGUUGUUGACAAGCAAGGAUGGGGCGAGGUUCACCACUUUGCAAACAACGGCGUGAGCAAAUGGUCCAACAGUUUAAGAACAACGUAUCUCAACAUUUAAUUUCAAGGAAUUUACGGAUUUCAUCAUCUACAGUCAAUAAUAUCAUCAAAAUAUUCAGAGAAUCUGGAGAACUCUCUGCACGUAAGUGGGAAGGCCGAAAACCAACAUUGAAUGCCCGUGAUAUUCAAUCCCUCAGGUGGCAUUGCAUUAACAACCGGCAUCAUUUAGUAAAGGAUAUUGCCACGUAGGCUUAGGAACACUUCAGAAAACCAUUGUCAGUUAACACAGUUUGUUGUUACAUCUACAAAUGCAAGUUAAAACUCUACCAUGCAAUGUGAAAGCCAUAUAUGAACAACACCCAGAAAUGCCGCCGGCUUAUCUUGUCCCAAUCACAUCUGAGAUGGACUGACGCAAAGUGGAAAUGUGCGGUUUAACAAGUCCACAUUUCAAAUUGUUAUUGGGAAUCAUGGACAUCAUGUCCUGCAGACCAAAGAGAAAAACGACCAUUCAGAUUGUUAUCAGUGCAAAGUUCAAGAGCCAGCAUCUGUGAUGGUAUGGGGGUGUGUUAGUGCCCAUGGCACGGGUAACUAGAAUAUCUGUGAAGGCACCACUGAUACUGAAAGGUACAUACAGGUUUUUGAGCUACAUAUGCUGCCAUCCAUGCAACAUCUUUUUCAUGGGCGUCCCUGCUUAUUUCAACAAGACAAUACCAAGCCACAUUCUGCCAGUGUUACAACAGCGUGGCUUCAUAGUAAAAGAGUGCAAGUACUCGACUGGCUGGCCAGCAGACCAGACCUGUGUCCCAUUGGAAAUGUGUUGUGCAUUAUGAAGCGCAAAACAUGACAACGGAGACCCCAGACUGUUGAGCAGCAUAGGUUAUACAUCAAGCAAGAAGGGGAAAAAAUUCCACCUACAAAGGUGAGUGUCCUCAGUUCCCAAAUACAUAUUGUGUGUUGUCAGAAGGAAAGGUAAUGUAAGACAGUGGUAAACAUAACCCUCUCCCAGCUUUUCAGGAAUAUGUUGCAGGAAUCAAAUAAAAAAUGUGUGAAUAUUUGCGAAAUAAAUACAGU